GGUAAAUAUAAGACAUAACGAGCUAGAAAGCCUGAUUGAGGUUACGGAAGACCUAUGAUUUUAUCGAUAUAGUUUGUUUCUGGAACUAUCUAGAACGACAUUAAGGAGUAGACCAAGGAUGAGGUAUUUUCCAUCAUUUUAACGGUUCAGGAUAACCUGAAGCAGUGGUGUCCUUUGCUAUCGUUAUACACAUGCUCGUUUUUAUCAGCUGGACAUGGAUCUUUUAAUCUCUCUUGGCCUGUAUCUAGCAACCAAUAUCGUUUUGUGCUAUGAGAGGUGCGGUGACUACAUACCCAGUGCUCAUCCUUUGAUUCAACCUGAUACUUUCUGUUCUCCUGCACCAUUUAACUGGAACUGUUCCAGUAUCAUACCGGGAUCCACCUGGCAUUUCCUGAAUGGAUAUCUCACUUGGGGAAGGUGCUGUCAGCCUGUUUAUGGCAUGAAUGGUACAUUUAGAGAGUGUUCACGGAAUGGGGAGUCGGACAUACUGACAGACUGUGAAGAAGGUUUGCACAACUGGAACAGUCCCUUUUCAUCCGUCGAUAGGCCAUACCCUUACGAGCACUCGAUAUCGGUGUGUAAACCUCAGACAAAAUUAACAGAUUCCAACAUUCCUCGCGUUACAUGGAAACAGAGGGAGUACAUCACAAGGCAUGGACAAUCGGUCACACUUUUGGCUCAGGUUAACUCGUCUACCAAGGUUGCCAUCGCCUCCUUAUUCCGCGAUCACAAGAUAUUCCCUGUGAAGUCGACAAAUGUCACCUUCAAAUUACAGCAGGGCGACUACGUCGCCUUUACAUUAACCAACGUCACGACAGCAGACGAUGGGGCUUACUUCGCUGUAGCCACCAACACCCGGGCAAGUGGCUGGAGUGGUCCAGUCCAUCUCACAGUUCUCAGUGGUGAAACUGGCCAAAAUGCCUCCGGUUCCUCUCCGACAAGAUGCAUGUUUAUAUUCGUCGGUAUGGUCUGCAUGAUACAGCAUUUUAUCUGUGGAAGACUUGUGUCAUAUGUUUGAGGGACACUUGUACCAGUUACAAUAUGCCGUGGCGCAGGACGAAACUCCAGCAUUAAAAAAGUGUUUUUCAUCACUGUUUUCAUUCUGUAAAUGAUUGAUGGCAAAAGGUGUCCCGAACAGAGCUCAUUUAAUACCAGAAAUGGUAAGGUAUUCAUAUGAACAAUACAUAUUUUCACUUGCCAUUCCGGUAAAAGCUUUCGGAAAAUUAUGACAAUCUGUAUGAUUUUUGAGUCAACGAACAAAAUGUGUUGUCGCACCAAAGUCAUAUUCAUCGUUCUGUAAACAGGAUCCUUAUUCGGAUAGGACUAAUGCGAUACUGCAACAUAUCGACUGCUUCAUACAUUUUAUUUUUAGGUCACCUGAGACAAAGUCUCAAGUGACCUAUUCUAAUCGCCUUUUGUCCGGCGUCGUGCGUCGUCCGU